AUGGCGAAUCCACGGAGUGGAGGGUCCUUUACACCAUCAACAGUGUCUGGGCAGAGUGGGGUGCUGAUGGUUGGCCCCAACUUUAAGGUAUGCUGUUUAUCUAAAGUUUACUUUGAUUUAGGUGGGCAAGAAAAUUGGUUGUGGUAACUUUGGAGAGCUGCGGUUAGGCAAAAAUCUUUACAAUAACGAGCAUGUUGCCAUUAAACUCGAACCUAUGAAGAGUAAAGCGCCACAAUUGCAUUUGGAGUAUCGAUUUUACAAAUUGCUCGGCCUCAAUGGUAAUUUCUUUAAUAAAUGCUAGUUUUACGUCCUCAUUUUAGAAGGACUUCCCCAGAUCCUUUACUUUGGGCCAUGCGGAAAAUACAAUGCUUUGGUGAUGGAAUUGUUGGGUCAUUCAUUGGAGGAUUUGUUUGAUCUGUGUGAUCGGAAAUUCACAAUCAAAACUGUUUGUAUGAUUGCCAUGCAAUUGAUCAGAAGAAUUGAGUAUGUCCACUCUAAACAUUUGAUCUACCGGGAUGUUAAACCAGAGAAUUUUUUGAUUGGCCGAACAUCAACGCGCAAACAGCAUAUUCUUCAUAUUAUUGACUUUGGCUUGGCGAAAGAAUACAUUGACUGUGAUACGGGUAAAAUUUUACUUUUUAUGACGAUUGUAUAUUGAUGAGUAAAAAUUUUUGUGGAUUUAGGCAAACACAUUGCGUAUCGUGAACACAAAUCUCUUACGGGUACUGCAAGAUAUAUGUCUAUUAAUACGCAUUUGGGAAAGGAGCAGAGUCGACGCGAUGACCUUGAAGCGCUGGGCCAUAUGUUCAUGUACUUUCUCAGAGGAUCAUUGCCGUGGCAGGGUCUCAAAGCCGAUACUUUGAAAGAGCGAUAUCAAAAGAUUGGGGACACUAAGAGGGCCACUCUGAUUGAGGUCUUGUGCGAAGGUUUUCCAGGUAGGUUUGUUUCAAGUUUUAAAUUCUUGAUCUUCUUGCUUUUUUCAGAGGAGUUUGCUCUGUAUCUGAGAUAUGCAAGAAAGUUGGACUUUUUCGAGACUCCUGACUACGACUAUUGUCACAAUCUUUUUAAAAUUGUUUUGGAAAGGCAAGGCCAUUCUUACGACUAUGAAUUCGAUUGGGUAACCAAGCUGAAUCAGGCAGUAUGUCACUUCUAUUUAUUAUAAUUUGUGUUCAGAGUACUCCAAGCGGUUCUCUUCACACGGGAGUUGAUGCUAGUAAGUACAACAAGAAGGCUGCAGAAGACAACAGCAGAAGAGCCCGAGCUGGACGACACAAUGAAGAAGAAAUUCUGAAGGCGAAUCAAGGCGGUCACUCUUCUGGCGCUCAUCAAGGCGGUUUCGGAUCUACCCAGGUAAAUUACUUAAUUACGAACAAAUUUACAAGGAAAGUACUUUUAUGGGGGCUCCUACUUUUUGACGGGACAUAUCUCAAAUGGUUUAAGGGUCGAAAAUGCCCAAAACUGGCUAAAUUUACGGCGUUUCGGGUCAGGGACAACUUGAAGGUUAUGUAGGGGUUCCUAUAAAGUGUGUACGCUUACAGGGUUUCCUUUGGAACUGUUUUUUAUUGUCCACAAAACUUCUCACUGUCCGCAAAAGAGAAUCUUUUUGUGUAUAAUGAAGUUUAGCAGCAAAUUUUGAUGUGAAAGUUCCGGAUAUUGCUCUUAAACAUCUAGUAAUGUAUUUUGCUCUUGCUUCCGAGUAAUUCACGCGAUAUGCAGGCACAAUCUGAUGGUGGAUUGUACAUGAUAUCGGUGAUUAUAAAAGUAAAAACGUGUACAUCUUUUAUACAUACGUUUUUCUGGUAUGCUAGAGGAAUUUAAACAACAAUUGGAUUUCUUCUUGGGAACCUUUCUGCAACUUUUUUUCAUCUAUAUAAGGAUUUUUGAUGUUAUUCUCGUAUCCUUAGAAUAUGGACUUAAGCUCACUUUAACACUAAUUUAGGUGAUUAAUUCCAAUACCGGAGAGAUUGGAGAAGAUUCUCGGCGACAGACAACACAGAAUCAGGAGGAAGAAGAUCACAGCGAAGUGAAGUAAGUCUCUUUCGGGCCGAAUUUUAUACAAAUAAUCGAAUAUAACCUACAGCUCUGGCUGUUGCAGAUGUUGCUGUUUCCGACGCCGUCGACGAAAGGUUCCUCAACAAAAGUAA